UAUAUCAUAAUGAAAAGAGCAAAUAUAUUUGCACAAGAAGAAUCUGUCCACGGAAUUUUGUAUUUCUUUUAUCGUAAUCACCUCAAUUUUGAGUAUCCGAUACCCUCUGCAACAAAGUGUGGGAUGAACCAAACCCCCUACAAAUAGUAGUUUCCGAAAAAAAUUUUGGCAGAUUCAACUUCAAGGACCAAAACCCACAACAUGUUCUCUUGUUGAAGAUCUGAAAGAUUUUUUCUUUUUGAAGUUCAGGCAAGAUCAAAUUCAGUAAUCCUUUGAAGCAGAAAACAGGGAAGCGAUCUGUUGUGUUUAAGUUUCAUCUCUAAUUCUUUUUCUCUUUCUUUUCCUGUCUGUGGAUGGGUGAGGAGGAAAUAGUAAGUGAUGACAAGAACAGUUUUGUUAAAGCAAAUCCAAAACUAACGGUGUUGCCACUUAUUGCUUUGAUAUUCUAUGAGGUAUCUGGGGGUCCUUUUGGUAUAGAGGAUUCAGUGAGGGCAGGAGGUGGCCCUCUUUUGUCUUUGCUUGGUUUCUUAAUAUUCCCUUUGAUUUGGAGCAUCCCGGAAGCUCUAGUCACAGCUGAGCUUGCUACAAGCUUCCCUGAAAAUGGCGGUUAUGUUAUUUGGAUAUCUUCAGCUUUUGGACCCUUUUGGGGGUUUCAAGAAGGAUUUUGGAAAUGGUUUAGUGGAGUUAUGGACAAUGCUUUAUAUCCUGUGUUGUUUCUUGAUUACUUGAAACAUUCAUUUCCAAUAUUUAACAAUUUAGUUGCUCGCAUUCCGGCUCUUUUAGGAAUCACGGUUUCACUGACAUAUUUGAAUUAUAGAGGACUGCACAUUGUUGGGUUUUCUGCUGUUUCCCUUGCUGCUUUCUCACUUUUCCCCUUUCUUGUAAUGGGGAUUCUUUCAAUUCCUCAAAUAAAGCCUACGCAGUGGCUUGUUGUAGAUUUGAAGAAGGUGGAUUGGAGGGGUUACUUUAAUAGUAUGUUUUGGAAUCUGAAUUAUUGGGACAAGGCAAGUACUCUUGCAGGGGAGGUUGAAAAUCCAAGUAAGACUUUUCCAAAGGCACUUCUUGGGGCGGUGGUUUUGGUGGUUUCUUCAUACUUAAUUCCGCUCCUUGCUGGGACUGGGGCUUUGAAUUCUUCUUAUGGUGAGUGGACCGAUGGGUAUUUUGCGGAAGUCGGGAUGUUGAUAGGAGGGUUCUGGCUCAAAUGCUGGAUUCAAGCUGCUGCUGCAAUGUCCAACUUGGGGUUGUUUGAAGCUGAGAUGAGUGGAGAUGCUUACCAACUUCUUGGAAUGAGUGAAAUGGGAUUGCUUCCAGCCAUUUUUGCUUCAAGGUCAAAGUAUGGGACACCAACAUUUAGCAUCUUGUGUUCUGCCACUGGAGUUAUUUUCUUGUCUUGGAUGAGUUUUCAGGAGAUCUUGGAAUUUCUGAAUUUCCUAUAUUCAAUAGGAAUGCUUCUUGAAUUUGCUGCUUUUAUAAAAUUGAGAAUGAAAAAGCCAGAUCUGCAUAGGCCUUACAGGGUUCCAUUGCAAACAUUUGGGGUAACAAUGCUUUGUUUGCCCCCUUCCUUGUUGCUUGUUCUUGUCAUGUGCCUAGCUUCUAUAAAGACAUUCGUUGUAAGUGGUAUAGUUAUUGUUAUUGGGAUCUUCCUGUACCCCGCUUUAGUUCAUGCGAAGAAUAGGAAAUGGACCCAGUUUGAUAUAGAACAACUGGUGGUUCCUUCAGAUAAGUUGGAUGUGCUGCAACCGCAUCAAGAGGUUACAGAUGAGGCCUCAGUUAGUCUUCUUCCGGUUAUGUCACCGUCCGAGGUUGACCAAGAAGUCUCUGAAAGUUCAGCUGAAGGAGUUCUCAAACUAUAGUAGGAUCGCCAUUCUAUACUUCUGCAUUUAUAAUUCACGGUUUAAUUUGAUAUUUGACAAAUUCCUUGGAAGUUGGAAUCUAUACAACUGUAGGGUAUGGUUCUAAAUUUAUAUGAAGAACAGGAAAUCUUCUACCCAAGGUAAUUUGGGUGAAAUCUGUUCCAUUGUACUUCAAACUUACGCAACUUUGUAUUUUUUUAUUAUUAUUAAAGAAGGCCACACCCAGAGGGGUUAAUGGGCUGGGUUA